GUCCUGAAUUUUUUGUUCGCAAAAUAAAUUUGAAAAUUUAUGUUUUAUUCAUUAUACAAGUAAAACAUUAAUUUUUUAAACUUAUUUCGCCAGCAAAAAAUUCGGAAUUUUGAUAUCUUGAGAGCAAAUAAUUCAGGAAAUAUUCUGAUGCUAUAAUAAUGCGAGCAACUAAUUUUUUAAUGCACUUUACUCUUGAGCGCCGCGUUUUGUUAUUGGUAUUUUCUUAAAUAAUAUAUAAUUAUAAUUUAUUGUGUUUUGAUGAUUUGGCUUAGAUAGUUUAAUAUACCUGCAAAGGAGUUACAGAGAAAAAAUUGCAAAAAAUUGCAUUUUAAAAUGCAUUUUAUUUCAUGUUUCACAGAACAUAAUGAUAAUGUACAACAAGCUUUAGAACGAUCUGAACAAUAUAAUGUUGACGUAUCUUCAAGCUGUGCUCUAUCCAACGACAACUUCCAACAAACUUCCAGUGACAGCAUUUUUGAUGCUUCAAGAGAGAUAGAAGAUUUGUCAAAUUCAAGUUCAAAUUCAAAUAAUGAAGAUGCACCGUUGAUUUUAUUUGAAGAUUCACGUAAUGAAUUAUUACAAGGAAACAUUAAUACAAAAAUUAGUACGUGGGCCCUUCGAAAUGUGACAUCAUUAACACAUAAAUGCAUAGACGAACUAUUACUAAUAUUGAGAAAUGAAGGUCAUUUAAGUCUUCCUAAAAGUAGUAAAACUUUAUUAGGGACCAACGCAGCAAAAACUAAUAUUCGUCCAAUGUUGAAUAGUAACGGAAAAUACGGAGAAUUCAUUUAUUUUAAUAUUAAAGAUACCCUUGAAAAAAUUAUAUCUCCCGAAAUUUAUACCGAGAAAGAGAUAUUAUUAAUGAUAAACAUUGAUGGUGCAUCCAUUCACCAAAAUUCGAAAAAACAUAUUUGGACUGUAUUAGGUUUAGUAUACCACCGCGAAUAUGAGGCUAAACCAUUUCUUAUUGGUUUGCAUUAUGGUGAGUCAAAACCAUUUUCAGUUAAUGAGUUUUUAGACGAUUUUGUUGGCGAAGUAAAUAAUUUAAUUAUAAAUGGUGUAAAUAUCGGGAACUCUCAUUACAAUUUCAACAUUAAAGCUUUUGUGUGCGAUACACCUGCGCGUGCGUUUAUUAAACGUUGUAAAGGACACGGUGGUUUUUUUGCGUGCGAACGCUGCGAGAUAAAAGGAAAGACAGUGCAAGGAAAAAGAGUGUAUAAGGGCAUACAUUAUAUAGAACGUACGGACGAAUCUUUUAGAAAUAAGCAACAAUUGAAGAAUCAUUCCACCAAAGAAGUGUCACCAUUACUAAACAUUAUAGGAUUAGAUAUUGUUAAAUCAGUUGUACUAGAUUCUAUGCAUCUACUUUGUUUAGGAGUCUCAAAAUAUUUGUUGCAGGAAUUUCUUCAUGGUGAUCGGCAUCAUAGAAUUGAUUUACGUAACGUCACACUUUUGCAAAAUUUAUUAAAUUCCAUUUCACGCGAUAUCCCAAUGGAAUUUCAAAGAAAAAAAUUUGAUCUUCUUGAUAUUGGCAAUUGGAAAGCGACUCAAUUUAGAUUUUUUUUAUUGUACUGUAGUGGCUUAUUUCUUCGUUCUAUAUUACCACACGAUACCUAUCGACAUUUUAUGCUGCUUUAUGCAUCAUGUCGUAUUUUAUCAAGUGAAAGAUUGGCUUUACAAUGUGCUCAAUAUGCUAAAAUUUUGUUACGAAAGUUUGUUAAGUUAAUGCCAACUUAUUAUAAUGAAAAUUUGCUAACAAUUACUAUUCACAAUUUGAUUCAUAUUGCAGAUGACGUCAUGCAUAUGAAAGAUCCUUUAUUUAAAUUUUCGGCAUUUACUUUCGAGGAUUAUAUUGGAUUCUUAAAAAAACUUAUUAGAAAUACGCCACAUAUUAUUCCGCAAAUAACAAGACGUUUACAUGAAAUACAAGAAGGACACGACCCAUUCAUAAAAUACCAUUAUCCAUUUUUCUAUACUGUUAAAAAACGUACAGAUGUGCCGAUAGGAUAUCGUGUGGAAACAACUAGUGAUAAAAUAAUAUUGUCUAGUGUUAAAAUAAAAAAUUUUACAUUUACAACUUCUCACCCUAAUAAUGUCGCAAUUAUGAAGAAUGAUGAUAUUAUAAUAAUAAAUAGUAUUUUCAUCCAAUUGAUUAAUAAUAUUUCUGUCGGUUCUCCGAUAAUCGAAGGAAAACAAUUAGUAUUUUAUCGUGACAUAUUUGAUUAUCCUAUGCCAUCACACAAAGUUGGUAUAAUGUACGUUCGUAAAACUAGUAGCAUUAAAAAACAAUAUUGUGUCAAAGAUAUUUCAAUGAAAUGCAUUUACACACGACUAAAUAACAAGAAAGUAAUUAUAACAUUACUUUAUUUAUAAAGUAAUAUUAUGUAAAAUAAAUAUU